CUGACUGACGUACACCCGUCGACGCCUGCGGUCGUGACGUGUUUCGAACGGCUUGGCGCGAGCUUCUGUUUUGUUUUUAACGUAGAGUAACGUUUUUGUUUUCUAAACACCUUUACCCAAUAUCUUGGAAAUCUUAUGGUAUCAUUUGAUUGCUUAUAAGAAUUUCAUAGAUGGAUGCAGACUAUUUGUGCAUUUAUACGCAACAAUGUCCGUUUUGAAUAUGUUUCACAAGCACCCGGAGCUAAAUACGGCUAGCAUUUUGCUUGUGGAAACUGAAAGACAGCACCAGGACAAGUUGGCUGAAGCAAUUCUUGCUGCACAGCGAUCUUUUAAUGUAAAUGUGCAUUUAGCUGAUUCUCUUCCUCUGCCCACCAGAAAUGAAGCAAACAGACCAAGAAUUGACCUUGUAGUGUUUAUUGUAAAUCACUUCAGCAGUCGCAGUUUAGAGCUCACUAAAUCUUAUCUCCAACAUUUGGAUGUGAUGUAUUUUCUAGGAAGGCUCUGUUUUCUUGUGAAUGAUGCUAGAUCUGCAAAGUCUGACCCAGACAAGUUACAUGCUGUGAGGGAAAUGGCAGCAAAGUAUUCCAGUCCAUUACUCUUUACAGAACUUCAGACCGAGCAAGGACUGGCCACUGCAGCUGAUCGUCUGUUGGUUUUCACAAAGGUGUCUGCUGGAUUUGUCCCAGGGGUGUCCUCUUUGUUUCUAAAUACACUCACAUCAUGUUCUCAUCCAAUGGAGUCUUCUUCUAAUACAUUGGUUGAUACAGACUAAAUCUUGACAGAUUUCUAAUGUUUGUUUUCUGCAGUACUUCAUAAAGAAACUACACGCUUCCUUUCUGUUUUGGAUCUUUG